ACAAUAACACUGACAUUCACCACUGACUUUAGGUAUUCUUUCUUCUUUUUCUCUUUAAAUCCACAUUUUGCUACUGAAUGACAAUGGAGUACAAGUUAGAAGUGACAACAGGUAACAUGACAAAUGCAGGCACAUGUGACAACAUAUUUGUCACCUUGAUUGGAACUGAAGGGAAGAGUGAGCGAACUGAGUUGGACAGCGCAGGUGCAGAUUUUAAAACUGGGAUGACAGGGAACUACAGUGUGAAAACCAGUUUGUCUCUGGGGAAACUUCUGCUGGUUAAAGUGGAGAAAGAUCCAUUUUUGUUUCUCCCAGAAGAUGAAUGGUACUGCUCUAAAGUCGUGGUGACGCCUCCAGAAGGAGAAGCCAUUCUUUUCCCCUGUUACAGAUGGAUCUCCAGGGGAGAACUGGUGGAGCUGAGAGGAGGGAGAGCCAUGAAGGGUUUUGAGGAGGACCACCCCCUGUUGCUCGACCACCGUAAAAAAGAGCUGAUAGAAAAAAAGAGCUUGUACCAUUGGGAGGUUUGGGAUCAAAAGCUACCACACAGGAGUAAUUUCAAAGACGUAUCUGAGCUCCCAGCAGAAGUCCGCUUCUCUUUGUCCAAGAAAAUGGAAAUCCUUUACACAAAAGCCAUGAUUGGUGCUGAGCUCAUGUUCAAGGGGUUGAUUGUUUCCACUAAAGACUGGGAAAAAAUUGAGGAUAUCAAAGGCAUCUUCUGGACUAAAAAGACAACAGUGUCAGAGUAUGUUUCUGAGCACUGGAAGGAGGACGACUUUUAUGGAUACCAGUUUCUGAACGGAGUCAACCCCAAUGUGAUCAAGCGCUGCUCAGAGCUUCCCCCAAACUUUCCAGUCACAGAGGAGAUGGUGAAGCCGUUCCUGGCAGAGGGAAGCUCUCUGCAGAAGGAAAUGGAGAAAGGCAACAUAUUCCUCUGUGACCUCAACCGCAUGGAUGGAUUGUCCACUCAGGUGUAUAAUGGUGAACCUCUGCACGUGACUGCUGGUCUCUGUUUGCUCUUCUCAAACCCAGAAAAAAAACUGAAGCCAAUUGCAAUUCAGUUGCAUCAACAACCUUCGGAGCAGAAUCCGAUCUUUCUGCCCAGUGACCCGGAGACUGACUGGCUGCUGGCAAAGAUGUUUUUUAAAAAUGCAGAUUUGAUGCAACAUCAGUCAGUCUAUCACUUCAUGAACUCUCACGGUUUGGCAGAUGUCUUCACCGUCGCCACUCUCCGCAGCUUCUCUGUGAUUCAUCCCCUCUACAAGCUGCUGAUACCUCAUGUCCAUUACACUCUCCAAAUAAACAUUUUGGGAAAGAAAUCUAUUUUUGGACCUGACGGGAUUGUAAGUAAGAGUUCACUUGGACUGGAGGGGAUGACAGUGCUCAUGAGAAGGGCUCACUCUGAAACGACCUACAGCUCCCUCUGUCUGCCAGAGAACAUCACUGCACGAGGACUGGAGUCCAUACCAAACUUCUACUACAGAGAUGACGGCCUGAAGCUGUGGAACAUCAUCAACAGCUUCGUGAAGGCAGUAGUGGAGCACUAUUAUCCCUCAGACAAUGAGGUGUGCAAAGACACUGAGCUACAGGAGUGGAUCAGUGAGAUAUUCACACAUGGCUUCUUAGAAAACAAAGCCACAGGGUUUCCAUCAGGCUUUCAAUCUGUCGAGGAAGUGAUCAAGUUUAUCACCAUGGUGAUCUUUACGGUGACGGCUCAGCAUGCUGCAGUCAAUACUGGACAGUUUGACUACUACUCCUGGGCGCCCAAUGGCUCGCUCCUGCUGCGCAAACCCCCUCCAACCACUAAGGGGCAGUCAAGCAUAAAGACAAUUUUGGAGACCCUCCCAAAUGUUGGCGAGACAGUGAAGUUUGCAGAUGUGGCAUGGACCCUUGCAAACAAGUACACUGACAUGGUUCCCAUGGGAACAUACCCCGAGGAGCGAUUCGAUGAGCCUGCCAUUAAAGAGAUGAUCAAGAAAUUUCAAGCAGAGCUGUCUUGCCUCAGUGAAGCAAUUACAACAAGAAACUCACAGCUUGACCUGCCUUACACAUAUCUGAACCCUGCUGAGAUAGAGAACAGUAUAACUAUUUAACUGAGUCUGAGGAAGCCAUUCUUUGUCUUUCUGCAUUAGUCAACGUGAUCAGUGCCUUAACACCAGUUUUGCAUGCAGGGUUUGUGUUGAGACUAUAGUCUGGGCUUUAUAAUGUUUAGUGGGUCUAUGGAGGGGCACCUUUAUCUCUGUGUGAAUUACAUGGACAUAUGUUGAGAAUUAAUGAGUAAUUUGGGUAAUAAACAUUAAAACUUGCACAUACAAUAUGAGUAACUAGAGCAAAA